GACGCUGCGUUGCCGCGUCGACAUCUUUUCUUGCCGUUUUUCAUCUGUAAGGUUCGUCGCUAAACGAGCAUCUGGGUCCUUUUUUCGUCCUUCUUCGUGUGGGGGCGUUCUUUCACCCAUCUCUCGUGGGAUUCUUUUUCUCUAGCAGUCGGAAAACCACGUCUGCGCGACUUUGCGGCUGAGCGACCCUCCUCUGUCUCCUCUUUCGCUUUUUCUUCGUUUUUCUCUUUUUUCUACCGUCCCCUCUCCCUGGUGGACACCCAUGCUCCUUGUUUCCCCCAUUUCUUUUUUUCCCUCCCUUCCUCAGUUUCGACCUUUUAUUCUGCACACCCGCGCCAAUGCCCCUCUAUUGACAGAUAAGCUGUCUGGUGGAGAAACAAACAGCAAAGCUACAUGUUUCGUCCUACACAGAUUUGACUCUUGGGUAGCAGUUGCGUGGUGUUUGGCGUGACCGUCUGUGCGUCUUCCUUCUUUCGCGUGUGCCAAAUGCUGUCCCUUUUUUCUUCGUCCACCAAUAAAUUCCGCUAUUCUCGCAGUGAGACCGAUCCUGCAGAACAUGUAUAUCUGUGAUGUGUAUGGGAAUAUUUCCCAUUCUUCAUCAUUUUUUCCGUCUUUUGUUUUUUCCGUCCCCGAUGAAUGGCGCAAGGGCGCCCCUUUCCCGUGUGCAGUCUACUUUCUUCCUUGAGCAAAACGAACUUCCUUCUGUCUGAAAAUUCUAGGAUCAUCUUCUUCCCUUCUUCACCUUUUCUGCAAACGUGACCGGCCAGCCUACUCUGAAGGCAUCCUGUCCUUUAUUUCCGCGGUAGUCCUUUCCAUUAAUCCUUGGAGUUGAAGAAAGUGGUCGCACACCACGACAGAAAACGCAGACUGAAGUGACCCUGUUUUUGUCACUUCGAGAGAGCCAAGUGUCGACAGGGAAGCGACCAAAAAGGCUUCCCUUGGAACGUCUUUCUCUUGUAGGGCAUGACACCCCGCGUUUUCCAGUUUUCAAGGUUCGCUCACAGAACCCGACGCAGUCUUCCUCAUUUCUUCUCCGUAGACCACCUUCAAAUUUUAAUACCUCAUUUUUCCCUUUGUCACCCUUCUGGUUUGUGGCGUUUCUGUGAGCAGGGAGGGACACUCGGCAUCAACGCGAGAGAGCUUUCGUUUCCACACGCUCUGGCACCCUUCACGAAGUCCAACAGUUGCGUGCUGUCCGUACGGUUCCUUUUAAAACAAUUUCGAGACCAGUACAGGACACAGAGACGGACUGUUUAGGAGAGAGCUGAGAACCGCGUUUCCCGUUUUUUCCCCUCGGCAGAGGACCGGAAAUUCCAUCUUUUAUCAGAACGAAGAGGCGGUGUCGAAGUCAUGGAGAUUGCAGGUGCGUUCGCAACCGGCCUCCCAGCUCAUUUCCCGCGAGAGCAUGCUGGAGAUUUUCCUUGAAGGGGUGCAAUUGUAAACAGCCACGUUUUUCUCCCAGCAGCGCGCAUGCAAAGACACUCUUCCCGGCUUCGUCUUCAAAAACGUUCUUGUGUCCGCCUGCGAAGAACAGGAAACUGGGAGGCCCGGGGUAGGCGUGGCCCGUGGAGAAUUCUUGGCGGGCCACAAUGAAGUGCCGAGAAGCUUCCCCGGCGAACAGCAGCUCCUCGCCUUAUUGCCCAGCCUUUCUAGGGCCUCCAGUGGACGCCAGUGGUGGACUUCCACCGACUCUUUCUGUCUCUUCUGCAGCGGGAAGAAGCGACGGCGCGGACGAAGAUCUUUCCUUAGGAACUUCUUCGUUUGUCGACUCCGCGGUCUCCACGGCCUGUGGACGGGACGGAGACUCCCGGGAACCCACAGGCGAAGAUGAGGCUCCAAAGAGCGACCCCCAGCGGGUCUCACCGUCCUUGGAGCCCAACGAGACUGUGAAUGUGGAGCCGGACGUAUCGCCCCUGACGUGGGACAAAGGGAUGUCCUCUUACCCUCCGCCUCUGCCCUCCCCCGGCACAGGUAGUGUCGCCGACAUCCAGCGAGUGUCUCUCGCCAACGAGGAAGAACUGAAGGCGAGGGAGUUUUCUGGUGUCGUGAAGGACGGGGACGACGAACAAGAGAGAACGUCCUGUCGAGACAGGGAAGAACAGAGUCUUCCCCAUGUCUCCCCACAACUGUCUCCAUGGGUCUGUGAAAACGGAGCGGACGAAGUGCGAGGGGAGUCUCUGUACCUUGGCAUGUCACUUACUCCAGAUCACGUGACUGGUAGAGACAGUAACGGUGAUCCGGUCCUUCUGUUUCUCCCCACAGAAGCAGAGACACUACCGGGUGCUUCCGUCUCUUUCAGACCUGAUUCCCAAGCAUGCUCUUCUUCCCUGGAGACGCACAGCAGGGAACAGGAGACAGUGGAGAGCUCUCGAGUUCUUGCCAAGGCCCCAGCCGACGCCGCAGUCUCCGACUACCGGCCGAGGACGACUCUGGAUCCCAACAUGCCCGCCGCAGCGCCGACCGAGGCCGGCACGACGAAGACAGCGAAGCUCGCGGCGGUCGGCCCGGUGCUGCCAGCGGAAAGCAGUGAGAGCGGGAAGGAUGAAGGGAGUAUGUUAGUAGGUGGUCAGCGACGCAGAGGCGGCCUAGCGCCUCAGCAGCGGCGGUCGUCUCGCGUCGCGGUCUCGGCAGUAGACGACACAACGCCUCCCCAGUCUCUGGCGUGGUGGAUGGUGUGUUGGCCUCCGUCAGAAGAGUCGAGCGACCCGUUUUCGGAUGUCGCAUCACUGCAGAAGCCGGCUUCCUCAAAAGACCCUCAAAGGCGGGACUCGAGUCUCUUCCACGAUCUGCCCUCCGGCAACGCCGAGAGCUGCGCCUUCGUGCCUCUUGCGGCCGACGCUCCUGGCAGGAGAACGUCUGGGGCUGGAGGGGAAGGACGCGACCCCCGAGGGGAGGGGAGAAGCUUGUCGCCUCCCGCAUGUGAGGCACAGACGAAUGGGAACUGGAGCCCAGAGCGCCGGCGGUGUGGAGGUGCGCACGCGACAGAAGAAGCGAACGGCGAAGCGGGAGAAAGCGACCUUUUCUCUUCUGAGUUUGCGGCCUUUGACGACUCCGAAGAAACUCUGAGACCGGUUCCCUUCUCGUUUUGUCCCUCCCGCAGAGAAGCGAAAAACGACUCGCGAGAGGAUUCGCCAGCGAGGCGGUCGCUGUCGCCCCCCUCUCGCUGGCGUCAGCAUCUCGAGGAACAACUGAGCAUGGAAAUUCCGCCUCCUGAGUGGUUGCGAGAUCCUUACUCGCGCCGGCCCCGUCUGGUGUCUGACGCCUUGUGGGCCCGGCCGUCCCGCAGCGGAGAGACAGGCGUCUUCUGUGGAGGCCCUCCGCCUGAGUCGGAAAGGGACUGUUGCUCCAGGACCUGCUUUGGAGGCGCAGGGCACGAGACAGUUCAGGCACCGCUAAAGCGGCGACGAGGCCGUGCAACGGUCAAGGCUCGGCGCGUCCCAAACACCGACCUAUCGCCGGCCUUCCCCGAGAGGGGCGAAACCGCGGGGCCUCCCUUCGAGUCCGGCUUUCCUUCGCGUUCUCCUUUCGCUCCUUACCCAGACGCCUCCCGUCUCCCGCUCCUAAGCCGCGGCGAGAGUCGCUCGGGCCCAGAAAGGUCGAUGUCCCCACCCUGCAGCCGGCGGGACGACGCCGGCAGGCUCCGGAGAGACUCGGGGGCGGGGGCCGGCGGCAGUGACCGAGGUUCAGCCGUAGCCUGGGGUCCCGGGGCCGGUCUGGGGUUUUCGGAGACAAGAGGGCGAGGCGGGCCUUCUCGCGGGCCAUUGCCGCGAUCGCGGCGCGACGCCUCCGUCCAGCCGGUUCCAGGCCCCCCCCUGACGGUCCGCGACUUGAUCGCUCCGCGUGUUGGGACUUGCUGUUGUGGCCCCACGGGCGUCUGUCCAAUGUGUCAGCGAACGAAGCGGGGGCUCCAUCCAGCUGUCUCUUCGUCGACAGCGAGGCGUGAGACUGCCGCAGCCUUUGCCGCCGCAGCCGACGAGCUCCUCAUUGCGGACGGCCUCCCGCCCGGGAGCUACACACCGGCGGCCUUGGGGUCGUUGGGGACCCGGGACGUGUCUCUAGCCCUCGUCGAGCGGUUCUUGGGGAGCCUGCUGGGUGGCGACACGCGCCUCGGUGACCUCACGGCUCCAGGCUUCCAUCUCGCCUGGAUGGCCUACCACUUCCUUAGGCGUCUCUCGGCCACCAGCCGCCUGCCCUGGGGCCUCGGACACGCCAAGGGCCCCAGGGCCACCUUCGGGACCCAAGGACCCGCCGGCAAGGCCGGGAAGAGCGACCCCACUGGGCUCCACCAACCGCCUUGGACGGAGCGGGGCAGGCGCCCGAGUCCGGCAGGUGGUGCAAAGGGCGAGGGACCCAAGGGUGGUGGGGGGCCCCGGGAUCUGGACGGGGCGAGGGCGCAGGCCAAGGGGGUUCAGCUGAAGCAGAGGGGCGCGCCCACUCCCCGUCCUCUGAGGUCUGUGCAAGGCGGUGGACACCGCGAACGGGAUCACGCUGGUGUUCCGUCGACUGGGACGCGAGGGGAGGUGGGUCCCGUUAGCUUGGCGAAGCGGGAGACAUUAGAAAGGGCCGAGAGAGGCACAGCGGCAGUCGAGGGCCCUCGCCUCUCGGGGGUCAACAGCGGGGGUCUCGCGUUCGCCUCUGCGAAUCUCGGCAGCUCUCGUGCUGUCAGCAUGAAAAUCGAGGACAAGUCAGGUCGGGCGGAGAGAAGGACCAAGAGGGAGGAGAGCGUCUGGGGGUUUGCGCAGAUGAGGAAUGAACUGCCACUGGAAGACGCAGCGAAGGAACACGGUGGAAAGCGACGCGGGGCCACCCAACCAGACAUGGAAGCGGACGACGAAACAAGAGGCCUGGAAGGUCCUCUCUGGCAAACCAACUUCGGAUUCGUCGACAGUGAAUGGCCUCGAUUCGUCUGUGGAACGAUCGACCGCCGGUGGGCACUACAGCAGUGCAACUUGAGCGUCAGCCUGAACGUGGAGCCUUCACCGCGGCCCGCGUCGCCGGCGUCGGGCGCCUCGCGGGGUCCUGGGGCCCCGCGAGGCGGGUCCCGCAGCAGUCCCUCGACUGUUCGCGCUGUCGGGGACAAGGAUUCCCGUUCUGUUUCGUCUCCGUUUCCUUCGCUCUCGACGGGGAAGCAGAAGGCGGAGCGCGGCGCCCGAGAGAAGAGCGACAAGGCCGAGAAGCGAGGACCCAAGUCCCCAGCUUCGUCACAGAAUCCUAGCCUCAGUGCACUUGCCAGUCCAGUGGAGGGGAAGCCUGAGCCGGCGGGUGUCUCCACGCGGGCCUUGACUGCGUCGCCGCCGGCUCCAUCGGCGGCUGCGCCUUCAGAGGGAGUCUCGCCUGGGUCUCGCCCUCCGGCUUCUCCCCUCGGAGACACUUCGGGCCCGUCGUCGCCUCUCCGAUCAUCUGCGGUGCCGGCGAAGGGCGCCCGGGGAGACACCGUAGACAAGCCAAAGGGCGAGAAAAAGAAGGGCCGCGGCUCGACGCCGGGGAAGGAGACAGCAGGGCGAACUCCAGGGGGUUCAACGGCUGGCUACGAAGUUGCAGUCCAAUUCGAAGAAUUCCCUUUCUCUGCGGCGGAGUGGAUGUGGCCGAAACCGUUGGACCUUCCGGAGACACUGACGCCUGGUUUGGAAGUUCAAGUUGCAAUUGAAGUUCGAGGCCGCUUCGCCCAAUGGUGGGUUGAUGCGGUGGUCGAGAGUGUCUCCUCGGACGGAGUUCGCUGUCUCCUCACGACCGAGGAUGGGUGUCUUCCCUCACUGGAGUCGGAGAGGGGAAGCGUCAGCGCCUCGCCUCCAAUCUGCAGCCGAAGACCGACGCCUGGCCUCCAGGACGCAGAAGGUGCCUCUACCUCGAUCCGCGAGAACAGAGACACCAGCUCGCCCUUCGCAGACGUGGACCCAAAGCCUGAGGCUUCCGGCGGCUUUCCUCUCGGCCACACGAAGAAGCGAACGCGACCAGGCGGUGACAAGGAAGAGCGGUCCGCCGCAAGCAAGUUGCCUGUUUCCCUCGUGAAGAGGGAGCGGAGCGAACACGACAGCGAAGGGCCUCGAAGCGCGGAGUCAGAUGUGGAGAGGGUGGAAGCAGCCAGUGUCGAGCGGAGAGAAGACAGUGGGGGGGUUGAUUAUUUUGGACCAAGGAGCGACCAGGGAGGCCUGUGCGGACAGGCCUCAGAAGGAGGCGCGGAGGAAGCAACGGUUGAGAAUCUGGAGGGAAGAGUGCUGUCUGGAGAUGGUGUAGAGACGAAGAUGACAGACGAAACAGAGCUGCUUGCGCAUCGAAAGGACAUAGAAGGCUCUCCAGAGGAAAUCUGUGUCGGCCUACAAGACGCACAUGCGGAACAGAUGGGAAGCGCCCGACGCCCGAUGGCUUCGUCUCUUUCAGAUUUCUCAGCUCACAAUUCGCUCGCUGUGAAGAACUCGCAGACCAAAGCAGAGAACGACUCGAAGGAAGAAGAAGAGGAGAAGGAACAAGAGAAGGGAGACCAGGAGAGAAAAGAGCAAGAGAGGGGGGAACGAGAGGAGGAUGAAGAGGAGAGACGUGAGGCGUGUGAGCCGCAUGCGAAGCGAGUAAAGAGGGAAACGUCUCCUAGGAGUCAGAGGGAAGACUCACGACUGUCCACGAAUCCGAGGUUGGUAGGUGAGAGAGCAACGCCAACCAAGCAAGAACGAAAAGAAGAAGAGGGGAACUCGGGAGACGAAUACGGGAAAGCCGAUGCUGGUCGUGUGAAACAAAGAGCUUCGAAGACUCCGAUUUCUCGAGGCAGACCGGGGAGAAGCGCAGGCGGAAAAGGCGCGUUUCUCGAGCGACUCAAGGCCCCGCACGUGUGUCAGCUACGACAGUUUCUCGCCCCUCAGGUGCCCGCAGCGGCGCCCCUGUCGCGCAGCUGGCGUCUCCGACCGCGCCCGUUGGAUCCUGAGAAGGAUCUGCACCCUGGCGCCGUCCUCUGUGUCUCUGCAUCGGCGGCUUCGCUCCAUCUGGGCCUGCCUUCUCAGCAUUCGCCGCAGCCGUCGCCGCCGUUCUUCAUGAGAGACGCCGUGGUCCAUCGCGUGUUCUUUGGCUCAGAUCGCCCCUCGGCGGCGCGGGGCCCCAGUGCGCGGGCCUCCGGGGAAGAGGGCGCAGACAGCAAGCCGGCGGAGGCGGUGGGUGGCCAGGAGGGGUCGGAGGAAUGCAAAGCGGCUGGUGGGGGGAGACGUCGGGGCUGUUUCCCGACAGGCAUCGUGGAGACUCAAACCGCAUGCGUGCGCGGAGAGGCAGAGGACGAACAGGGGAUGCUUUCGCAGGUAAAGAAGCCGACGGAGAUGGAAGGACACACUCCACGCCAAGACCAGGGACAGCGAGACGAAAUGGCGGCUUCACGCGAGGGUGGAGCCGUCGUUUUCUGCGGGGAGAUAAGCGGAGACAGGACGAAGGGAGACAUUGCAGUAGGCGGUGUUUCUGCUGGGGUAGAAGAUCCAGAAACAAAGGAGAGUGUCUCGAAGUCAAAUAGCGUCAGUGGAAGCCAACUCGCCAUGCACGUCCAGGCCGAACCAGGAGCUGGGGCUCCGCGAAGAGCCUCGGUGUCGGGUUUAAGGCUGAGUCCCCCGGGUCGUUCGCCUGCGUUUGGCGAUGGCGCGCAUCUCGCUACAGACGAGGAAGGAAAGAAUAAGGAAGCACACGCGUCUGAGGCUGUUUCAGACGGCCCUGGAGCUCCCUCGAGUGACCAGCCGACAACGCGCAAGACCACGCGGUCGCUGGGCGUGGCGAGGUCGCAGCUGUCCCCGGCGUCUCAGGGCGAGAGCCGGAGAGAGAAGGAGACUCCUCCGCAGUCGCGACGAGGCGUUGGCGGGGCUGGGGCUGGGGCUGAAGGAAAUCUCAUUGGGCGCAGGCGAGACAAGAGGCUGGACGAGGGAAGCGAAACGAAGAAGGCCGACGAGAGUCGUGCGACGACUCAUCCGGCAAGUUCCUCAGUUGCUUGCUACGACGGAGUUCGCCCCUCCGAACGCGUAACGUUUGUCCAUCUCUACUUUCCGUACGGGAACCAACAGCGAAUCGUGAGCGUCGAGCAACUACGAAAAUGUGCUUGCUAUCGACUGCCGUAUGAUCUGCACGCGCAUUUCCCCCCCGAAAGCACGCAGACGGUCCUUCGACAGGCCCACGACUUCCUCUGGGCAAUUCCAAGAGCCCUGCCCCUCGUCCCCACCCUCACGAGAGCGAAGCGCGCGACCCGCGCGCGCCGCGGCGCCAGGGGACCCGGCCUGCCCCCUCGAGGAGACAGUAGGGCGUUGUCGCAGGGGGUCGCAAGCGCCCGGGAGACUCCUGAGGUCUCCGACUCUGGUUUUGGCGCAGAUGCAUGCGUUGACGUCCGAGACAAAGAGGUGUGGGAUGAGGCGACGGAUGCGCCGACGCGAGAAUGGAGUGAAUCGCCCCCGUUCUGUAUGGUGUACGCAGCGUUAGAAGACAGUCCAUUCCGUCUGCCCCAGCAUCUGCAACUGGUGCAAUUGCUGCAGCCAGAAUUGGAUUUCGAUGCGCUUCUGGGCGGCACAUGGCGCCUUAGGUUUCCGCAGUGGAAGCCGCCGGCGGCGCCUUUGAGGCUGGAGAGACCCCUCAGUUUCGCCCUGCCUUCAGAGGCUCCUUUUCCUCGCCUACUUCAUCACCCGUCGGAGGGGCCUCCCGCUGCAGGGGCUCUAACGGUGUCUCUUCCCGCUUGGCGGCGUCUACGCGGAUGGGCGCCGUACCCCAUGGACUUGAGCGCGGCGUCGAGUGCGCCAGUCGCUCCGUCGCAUGCAGUGACGCAGAAAGUGGCUGAAGAACCGGCCCAGCCCUCUCAGGCGGCGGGCACAGAUGCGUGCACCGGCACACAGGAAGCCGACAUGGAGCGAGCAACCAUAAAGGACGAGCAGCGUAACGACGUGGCGUCUUCCGCUCCACCCCCAGAGGAAGCACAUCGUCUGAGAAGCAGAAAAACGGAAACUAUGCCUGGAGUCAAACAACUAGACUGUGAAACCAGUGCUCGCUCAAACAUUCGUGGCGAGGAACUAGAACCUGGAAAGACUCACACAGGGCACACACUCAGUCAGGCGUCGAGCUCGGCGGCGUCUCUUCCACCCUUUCCGGUGAGGUCGCUGUCGCUUCCGGCUGCGGGAGAUGUGGGGCAGCCAGAGAGUGAAGAGACGGCGCACAUCGAGCUCGAGGACGUCUUCGCCUCCGGCGUUCUCCCAUGGGCAACUGUCGAGACACUGGAAGGCGCGCAAGUCGAUGCUUCUGGCCGGUGGACCUCGUCUGCGCUCUAUCUCUACGAGAAACUUCUUUUUGCGAGCUGGGCACAGCGCCAGCGAGUGGCCGCCUUCGGCAACGACGCAUGCAUGCGUUUCACCGCGCCGUACCGGAGUGUCGCCGAAGACAUCGUGGAACCGACGCGUUCUUUGUGGGGCGUUUUUUCCCUCCCGUCUGAUUUCGAGGAAUGUGAAACGGUCCCAGAGGUCGUGGGCGACCGACUGGUGUCUUCGGGGGUGGACCGCCCCAUUCAGCUGGACAUACAGCUGGGUGUUCCCGCCUCGCCUGACACGUCUCCCAAGGCCGAGAAGCCUGGAAAGCAAACUCUGCAGAGUCGCCUCGGGACCCAGACUGGACUCAGCUGUUCGGAGCGAAGACCCGUGCGCCUGGGGAGGACGCCGACGAAACUUGAGGGGUCCGCGAAUGCCUCGCGGGUCGGCCCUGAGACGGCAAGAGCUGGUGCGACGCGCAGAACUUCCCCGGGAUCCGCUCCCGCCUGGACUGGUGAAGGUGGGCUUGCGUUCUCGCGAAGACCGCGCCUACCACGUGCCAGCGCCGGGAGCUCGUUUCUCGAACGCGAGCGCGCGGGGAGCUUCAAUGCAGUGUACGGACAGUUCCCGCAACCGCAGGGAGGACUCGUGCGGAUGGUUCGAGACCCCGAGCCGCCACAUCCGAUCUUCUGGGACACGGAAACGGACGAGCCACCGAGUAGGCGGCCGUCAACCGAUAACGCAAGUCUUGAGACUGUCUCGGGACCUUCUCGACACAACAGCAAGGCGGCUGACAUGUGCGAAAUUGCUUUUGACGAAGACUCUGCGAGAGGGCAACCGGCGGGUCCGACUCAUGGAUUUACCGCCACUGACUGUGUAGAUUCUCCAACGGGCUCUCGGCCCUCUGAUCUGACGGAGCAAGUGCGCUGUAAGCGACCACUGGUAGAGACGGAGACCUGUGAUGCGGGUGCCGCGCUUCAAGUCGAGGCUUCACACACGAAGAUUGCUCGGCACCAACUGGCGGCAGAUUCCUCGCUGGGAAGUGGGCAGGCGUGGUCGAAAGACGUUGCCGGGAUUGAGGCGAGUGGAAGCGCCGGAAGACCGAAUAGCGACCUGCGCGAGCGCGACGCAGAUGCCACGUUUCCAGCGGAGCAUCCGACGUUGCAAAGAGCGAAUUCCCGCGGUACGGAGAAGUCCCCGAAAACGGGACAUGCAACGACUGGUCUAGAGGAUAAGCGGCUGGGUGAAACCCCAGUCGGGGGGGACGAUGGUGAAGAGAGGAGAAUGCUGUCAUCGCGCAGGCGGACAGAUUCCGCCCACCAAACCGGCGAAUUACAGACGCCGAUACCGCUGAGUUCACUCCAGGAGUCAUUUGGACAAUCCCCUUCUAGAAAGGCAGCUGAACUGCCAAAGCGAAAUGCGUCACAGGGGAUAACCGUGUCACCAUUCCCUAAGGGACAAGAGGGAGUAGACACUCGCGGGACGAGGAAAAGGAGUGAGGCCGGAACCGACCGCAACCAACGUAACUCAUCCCACAUGCGAGGUAGCACUGCAGAGUUGAGGUAGCUGUCAGGCAAAAGACGGAUGGAAACGCGGUGAAGCGUCCUGAGAGGCGCGACAAGAAACUCGGCAGAGAGCCGACGAGUCCAGACUGCCUGCAGUGUUGCAUAUGUGCAUUCACGCGGAACUAAGUCCUUCACCGUCAAGGGAGGCACCUGCCAACUGUGCUGAUUGCCAUAAGAUAUCUAGUCUACACCUGAUACGUGUUUGAAGGUUCUUUCCAUUUGAACGAUUGCUGCACGCCGCGUUCAAACGUUCUAUGCAUUCUGGUUAAACAAAAGCAACCGUCGCGCAUGCAGCAUUGCAAGGUAGCUGCGUACAUUUCAGGAAAAAAUCUUUUGUUCUUAUAUACACGCAUGUAAGCAGCCAUCGUCUGUCCCGUGUGACAGUGCAAACCGCGAUAGCGGUUCCGCCGACGAAGAAGAAAACGCCUCACGCAAGCAGAAAGA